UUUGUCCGACCAAAUUAUUUGAUUAAUAAUGUUAGACUAGCUAUGAACUCAACUCUUCACUAAAUUGUAAGUUAUGAAGUUUUGUUUCUCUUAGUUGAAUUCCAGAGGAGUAUCAAGGGUUUACUUCGGACAUCAUAGCAACAGCAGCUAAAAUAUUUCGGAUCACUGAAUUACUGUACAACUGAGGGAAAUCCCAGUACCUGACAAUAUGAGAAUUGUUAAAAUAAUCAGAAUGAUUUCAUGGCAAAUAAAUAAUUGAUUCUAGUCCAUUUUUGUUAGUUUGUAUUUUCAAUAAUAAGCUCUCCUUCAUAAACCAUCAAAUGCAUGUAUGGACAGAAAUACUCACAAGGUGGAAAAGAUUAUUGCUCAAUCCACAUUUUUUAGAAUGUAGAUUUCAUAAAUACCUAUGAUGGAAAGCUAUCAGUUUUCCUCUGAUCACGGCCCUACCUAUGGCCAUUGGUCAAUAUUAAAUGGAGAAGGAUAUUACUUGUCAAUGUAUCUAUCAAUUAACAGAGAUACACCUCUAAUUGGUCAAAGCAGUUGUCCCUCAGCUCAUGUGCAUAUUCCCUUUGGAGGCUGUUUUACUGCCGGUCGGAGCAGUGGUUGAGACGGAUUUAGGAGGCUCUCUUUUGUAGUAAAGUACUUUCAUAAAGUGGGAAAUCUUCAAAAUGGGAACCCGAGACGACGAAUACGACUAUCUUUUCAAAGUGGUGCUGAUCGGAGACUCUGGUGUGGGGAAGAGUAACCUGCUGUCCCGUUUCACACGGAAUGAGUUCAACCUGGAGAGCAAAAGCACCAUCGGUGUGGAGUUUGCCACCCGCAGCAUCCAGGUGGAUGGCAAGACAAUAAAGGCCCAGAUCUGGGAUACAGCUGGACAGGAGCGUUACAGAGCCAUCACUUCAGCGUACUACCGGGGGGCAGUGGGGGCUCUCCUAGUGUAUGACAUCGCCAAGCAUCUCACCUAUGAAAAUGUGGAGCGCUGGCUGAAGGAGCUCCGGGAUCAUGCUGAUAACAACAUCGUUAUCAUGCUGGUGGGCAACAAGAGUGACCUACGCCACCUCAGGGCAGUGCCCACAGAUGAGGCUUGUGCUUUUGCAGAGAAGAAUACGCUAUCAUUUAUUGAAACAUCAGCUUUGGAUUCCACUAAUGUGGAAGAGGCAUUCAAGAACAUCCUCACAGAAAUCCACCGAAUCGUAUCACAAAAGCAGAUAGCUGACAGAUCAGCACAUGGCGAGUCUCCAGGCAACAAUGUAGUGGACAUCACUGUCCCCCCCACCACCGAUGGGCAAAAAAACAAACUACCGUGCUGUCAAAGCCUGUGACCCUCAAUACCACCGUCCCACAUCCACUCCUCAUUCUCUUCAUCUGCUUUUCUCCUGGGUGUUAUGCUGUUGCUGUCUCUUCCUCCAUGUGUUUUAGAAGUCUCCUAGAAACCUUGACUCUCUAGAUAACAUUCCUUUUUCACUUUUCUCAUGUUUGUCUGUAUGCUAUCCUCUAACCUCAACUUGUCUUUUACUAAGUGAUAGGAUUUUUUUUGUGGGGGGGGGGGGGUGUAUUCAGGCUCUGAUCAUGUGACCUAAUCCUGUAGAAGGACUGGUGAGGGAUCAGAUUGUCCUGAGCUUCUGGGUCAUAUCAAGAUAAGCUACAGCUUGUGUCAAUUGACAUCAAAGGUUGAAAUAUUUAGCAUUUUGUCUAACCCCUUUCUUAAAACCUUAACCUGUUACAAAAAGUACAUUUUGACAAGCUGUAUCCCUUUUAGAUAAAACAAGCUUCUGGUUGCUGUCCUUAGAGUCCCUGUCUUGAGUGUGGCAUGAAAGGAGCAAUAACAGGGAUGUGGGUAGUGAACAAAGUUUGGCUGAUCUGAUGCAUUUCAGAAAAUUGUGCGUUUUUAUUUUUUGUUAAGCCUGUGGUUCACAGAUACACCAAAGUGUGGCUGAAAUCAAUUUAAAUCUGAAACGAUCUAAUCUAAAAGAUAAACUUGCAGAGAGGCACAUUGGUGAAGAUUGGAUUUACCAAUGGUUUCAUGUGCUUUGUUUCACUGUUAGCUGCAGCCACUGUGUUCUCUGUCAUUAGAUUAUACUAUGACCUGAUCCAGUAGUCAGACUACAAUUGAAAGCAAACGUGAAUAUGAAGGUUGUCCUGCCGAUCACUUCAAUGCAACUCGCCAUGUAAACUGAUUCUGAAUGACUAACAUCUUUAAAUCCCAACACUUCGCUUGGUUUGUUUGGGUGGGGGGGUUCUAAUAAAACACUGCAAUAUCUAGGGUGGAGGAUGCUCUCAUUGCUUCUCUCUAGUCAAACCAUGAAGGUGUCAAAUUGAGUUGACAGUGGAAUUUAUGAAAAGGUUGCCUUUGUAUGAUUGGCUAUAAUGCCUUAUCUCCCCUUUCUAGUAGAAUUGCCUUUUUGGAGUGUGGUUACGUAUGUAAUUUUGUCACAUCCAACUUCUAAAUCAAAUGAAUCGGUUCAUCUGCCUUUUCAUCAAGGAACACUGAAAUGGAAAUAAACCAAAUUCAUGUCAU